AGCUGAAGGGGCCUUUGUUAUGUCAUCGCCCAGUCGGGCUGUGAACAGACUUCAGGUCUCAGCUGCAGUGUCUGGCUAAACCCACUCCACACCCACUCCAUUUGCUAGAGAAAUUCUCCCUAGCAGCAGUGGCUCAGGCAGGGCCCCCAGCCUCCCACACUAGUUGCCCCUGUCUCUGCUGUUCUCUUUUCAGAGAGCUGUGCUGGGAGCUGGAAAGAGGCUGAUGUGCAGAUGGGCAGCCAUUGACACGAACAAGUGAAAAAGACAAAUGGGUGAUAAAAGGGAUCAUUAAGGAAAGGAGCGAAGUGAUGGGUGUAGGCCACUCUGCUGGGUGUACCAUAAUCCUGGUCUGCCCUGAGACACCCACCCACCCCGACGCAGUUCUGCUGCUGCUCCUCCAUUUUGACCUCCCAGACCCCCUCUCCCCCCUUGCUAUUCCUAUUGUGGAGUCUCUCAUGAGCAGAGACCAGAUGCUGCAAAAACAGGAGGUUUGUUGGAUGUGGAUAGACCCCCAGGGACUUGGAAAGAAGCCCCAGACAUAUUUAGUGGUGGGGCUGACCCAGGAGAGGAGUGGUUAAUAUCCCAGCAUGCUCUGGAGCGCAUUGGACGUGGGUGAGAGGUUGAGAUCAUUUUACUUUCUGCCUUUGAGGGCUGAAUUUUAAUACACAGUUUCAGAGGGAAAGGUCACCAAGAGUCUGCAAUGAACAUGCAGCAAGGACGUCCCAGCCAGGCUGCUGCUGACCAUGCACAGGGGAGGGGCCCGCUCCAGCCACACCAGCCCCUUAUACUGUCUAGACCAGGAUCAGCCUCAUGAAUCCUUCUGCAGCCCUCCAGCCUCCAGCCACCACCUCCCCUCUGCCUGGACUGCACUAGGUGCAGAAUCGGACAGCACAAUGCCAGAACCGUAAAGAAAGUCCAAGAUCACAGCCUCACGCAAACUCAUGUUGAAGAGUUUGAUGCUAGCCAAAGCCAAGGAAGAAUGGGAACAAGAUCAAGUGGACAAGCAAGCGGAGAAGGAGAGAUACCUGGCUGAGCGGAUCACACAACUGCGGACCAGUGGGCUGUCCUUCAGCCAGCUGCAGGAUCUGUGCAGGGAGCUGCACGAGAAGGUAGAAAUUGUGGAUGAAGAGCGGUAUGACAUCGAAGCAAAAUGCAUCCACAACACCAGAGAGAUCAAAAACCUGAAGCUGAAAGUGCUCGACCUGCGGGGGAAGUUCAAGCGGCCCCCGCUGCGCCGUGUCCGCGUCUCUGCUGACGCCAUGCUGCGGGCCCUGCUCGGCUCCAAGCACAAAGUCUCCAUGGACCUGAGAGCCAACCUGAAAUCUGUCAAGAAGGAGGACACGGAGAAGGAGCGCCCUGUGGAAGUGGGUGACUGGCGCAAGAACGUGGAGGCCAUGUCGGGCAUGGAGGGCAGGAAGAAGAUGUUUGAUGCUGCCAAAUCUCCGACAGGCCAGUGAAAGGUGCUGCCAGGAAGGACAAGGAGUCACCCCGCUGCCCACAGCUUCGCCCCCUGCUGCCCCUUCACGCGGCCCCGCGUGUGCCUCUUCCUGCCUUCGCUCUCGAGCCGGCGCAUUUGCGGAAAGCUCCUUGGGAAGCUCAUCCAGCCUCUGUGCUUAAAUCAGCCCCCCCCCCGCGCCCCCAGCUGCCAUGACAACAGCCAUAGCCUCACGUGACGCAGCCCAUUAAUCACCCCAGCGUGGCACCCCAGCUGUCUCCUGUAGGUCCCGGCGCAGGGCAUCAACCCGUUGGACUGCCACAGCGGUGCUUCUGCAUGAAGACCCAUCAUCAUUGUGGCCUAAAGUGCUGAUCCAUUAACUGGCGAGGGUGAGAGCCUUGCCAGCCAUCCUGCAGGAGUCCGUGCCCUGCGGAAAGGCAGUGCCCGUGCUGCGCCCCAAUGGCCACAGGUAGGUAACCCCAUGGGGUCUCAGGCAUGCUUGUAACUUCGGGAUGCUGCUUGGGACUCUUGGGCUGUCCUUCUCCACCAGCCACUGCAGACAGCCCAGGGAUGAGCCUGCUGGUCCUGCUGUCACCAUCCAGUUCUGAUCUGUACAGGAUGUGGGAAGUGACUGCUGGGUCUCUGUGUUCAUUAAAAGACUG